UGUAUUUGUUGAUUAAGAGACCUAAUUCAACCAUUUCAAUGGCAACAUAGUAUCCAUUGUAUGGAUGUAGCAUUAUUUAUUCUUUGUUUAUAAUUUAUAUUUCUCUAUUGAUGGACGUUCAGUUCAUUUACUAUUAAGUGACAUUCACUUACAAUUAUUAAUUUACUAUUACUAGCCUAUUUUUUCUUAUUAAUUUACAUUCAAGUUUUUUACUAUUAUAUGAAAAGCUACAGUGAGCAUCCAUUCUUAUAUAUCCUUGGUAAUUGUCCUAUUAUUUCCUUAGGAAAAUGCCUAGAAAUGAAAUUGCUGAGAUUAAAGGAUUAGUACAUGUAAAAUGUAGAUGGCUGUAUAGAAGGGACAUGCCAGUUUGCAGCCCUUCCAACAGUGAAUCAAGGUGCCCAUCUCCCCGUGCCUUCACUCACACAAGGCAUCAAUUUUUAAAACUCCCAUAGGGAAAAGUUGUUUUAUUUUAUUAUUUACGAUUUCUUAAAUCUUGUACCUUUCCCCUUUGGGAUAUAUUUUCUAAGUUGUGUAAGCAGUAUUAUUACUUGAUUAAGGAUAUUAAUCCUUUAUCUGUCAUAUGUGUGAUGCAUAUUUUUCUCAUUUGCCAUCAGUCCUAUGUUAGCUUAUGGCAUUGCUUACCACCGUUUGAUUUUCAUGUCAUCGGCUUUCAUCAUGAUAUCUGGCCUCAUUGACUUAAAAAGAGCCCCCCAUCCAAGAUGAUGAAAAUAUUCUAUUUUUUUCUUAGUAUAUUUUUUGUGGUUUUUUUUUUAAGUGGUACAGAAUAAUGUGAAUGUCUUAAUGCUAUUCAACUGUACAUUUAAAAUGGUUAAAAUUAGAAAUUUUAUGGUAUGUAUAUUUUGCCACAAUAAAAAUAAUGUUUGAAAAUUAGAUAAAAAGUUCAUAGGCUCUCUAGAUGUUUAGUGUGUUAGCUGGAAAUGUUGCUUGUUGUACUUAAUUCCUGUUGUCUACCUAAGCACAUAAAUAGGUGGAAUCAGCCAAAUGCUAAAGACAUGUCAUAGUGAUUGAGAACAUGGAGUGAGAUUCAGCCAGAUCUGUGUUCUAGUGCUGAUCCUGCUACUUACUUGCCGUGUUCAAGUUGCUUUAUGCAAAAAUUGCAUGAGGAGUGGUUGCUUCGGGAGCAGAAGGCACAAGAAGAAUUCAGAAUAAAGAAAGAAAUGGAAGACACAGCUAGAAAGCGGCAGGAAGAACAAGAGAGAAAGUUAAAGGAAGAAUGGGAAGAACAGCAGAGAAAAGAGAGAGAAGAGGAGGAGCAGAAGCUACAGGAGAAGAAGGAAAGACAGGAAGCUGUGCAGAAGAUGUUGGAGCAGGCUGAAAAUGAGUUGGAAAAUGGUACCACAUGGCAAAACCCAGAACCACCCACGGACUUCAUAAUGGAGAAAGAUCGAGCCAAUUGUCCAUUCUACAGUAAAACAGGAGCUUGUAGAUUUGGAGAUAGGUGUUCACGUAAACACAAUUUCCCAGCCUCAAGUCCCACACUUCUUAUUAAAAGCAUGUUUACAACGUUUGGGAUGGAGCAGUGCAGAAGGGACGACUACGACCCUGAUGCAAGCCUGGAGUACAGUGAAGAGGAAACCUACCAGCAGUUCCUGGACUUCUAUGCUGAUGUGCUCCCCGAGUUCAGGAACGUGGGGAAAGUGAUCCAGUUCAAGGUCAGCUGCAACUUGGAACCUCACCUGAGGGGCAAUGUGUAUGUUCAAUAUCAGUUGGAAGAAGAAUGCCAAGCAGCCUUUUCUCUGUUUAAUGGACGAUGGUAUGCAGGACGGCAGCUUCAGUGCGAAUUCUGCCCAGUGACCCGAUGGAAAAUGGCAAUUUGCGGUUUAUUUGAAAUACAACAAUGUCCAAGAGGAAAACACUGCAACUUUCUUCAUGUGUUCAGAAACCCCAACAAUGAAUUCUGGGAGGCUAAUAGAGACAUCUACCUGUCUCCAGAUCGGACUGCCUCCUCCUUUGGGAAGAACUCGGAAAAGAGAGAGAGGCCAGGCCGCCAUGAUGAAUACUCCAGCAGGCCAAGGCGGAGGAGGAGCCCCAGUACAGCCCAUUGUUACCUAAGAAACGGGGAACUGGAGAGGAAAAGGAGGAGGAAUCACAGGACGACGAAAUCCCACAAACACACGUCACAGAGUCAUAGAAGGCACAGGUCCCAAAGCAGAGGAAGGAAAAGGGACCGCAGCCAGGGUUACGGCAGCCAGAGCCAGAGCUCCUCCAGGUCCAGGAGUCAUGGUGGGAGGAGGUCAGGUAGUAGGGACAGAACCAUUCAUAGUCCCAAAUCCAAAAUAAACCUAUUUUGUUCUUAAAUGAUUAUAUGUAUCUUACUUACUGUGGCUGCUGCAUAAUUGAGUAAAGGGCUCUGGGCCCAAAUGGGUUAAACAGGUCUGGCAGAACCCUGGGUAGUCUGGAACCUUACUUACUUUAACUCUCUGAUAAAACAUAAAAUGUAUACAUAAGAUGAAAAUUACUUGUAAUCCUAACCCUCAAAGAUAACCAGUUGACACUGGAGUGUGGUGCAUUAGCUGUUUUUCUUCUUAUAGGUGUGUACUUUUUUUACAAAGAUCAAUUGUGGCUGCAAAUGAAUGUGUUUUUCCCCACAAAACAUUGUCAUAUUCUAAGCCUUGUUCCUGUGUUUUUACUCACUGUAUAAUGUGGAUCUAUCAAUUUAUUUUAAUCAUAUCCGUACUGUUGGAGUUUUAAGUUAUUUUUAACUUUUCACUAUUAAAGAAUCCUAUGCUAUAAAUAA